CGGUGGGGAGCAUGUGUACGCUAUAGACGCAAGCUUACUUGAGAUAUAUUGUUUACAACUAUAUUCCCGCAAGACUGUCGGCGUCAUCACCAGAGCCGAACUCUUAGCCCCUUCUGUGCCAGUAGACUGUUCGUGUGUUUUGCUUUUACCCAUAACCCUCGACGUUGGGAUCCACACCAGAAUGGACGAUAAACCCAAAAAGGCUUUCCCCCCAAAAGGUGGAAAGAAAUUUGCGCUGAAAGGAAAAGAUUCCAUUGGGUCGAAACUUGGUGGAAAACCAGGGUGGAAGCCAGGCAAUAAAAAACAGUUUAAACCCUUUAACAACAAAGAUAAGAAGACUAAACUGGAGAGGGUUGGAAAAGGGGGCAAGAAAGACCAUAAAUUCCCAUUUUCCAAAGAUGGGCAGGGGUCCAAGAAGAGGCCAUAUGCAGAAGUGGAAAAAGAAGGAGAAGGAGAGACUCCAUUGACGAAGAAGCAGAAAUGGGAUGAGCUCAAGCAGCAGAAAAAGGAGCUGAAGAAGAAUAGACAGCAGACAGAGAAGAAGGACAUGUUUGAAAUCAUCUCUCAAUCCAAACAUGUCUGGGGGACCCUCAGGAGGAAAGACUGUAGUGUGGACAAGAAAAGGAAAUUGAUGGGUGAACUUCAGGAGCUGAUUGAAGGCAAGAUAAAGGCGAUGGCGUACGCCCACGAUGCUGCACGGGUGCUGCAGUGCUUCAUCCAGUUUGGAGACCAUGAACAGAGACAAGUCGUGUUUAACGAACUGAAAGAUGACAUUAUAGGACUGAGUAAAUCGCAGUAUGGUCGACAUGCCGUGAAGAAACUUCUCAUGUAUGGUAAUAAGGAGAUGGUGGCGUCUGUGAUUCAGUCGUUCAAAGGAAAUGUGCGUCAGAUGCUUCGUCACGCUGCGGCCUCCUUCCUGAUAGAGUAUGCCUACAAUGACAAAGCCGUGCUGGCCCAGAGGAAUAUGCUGGCUGAGGAGCUGUACGGGAACAUGUUCAUCGUCUGCAAGUCAGCGGUGUGCCCCACCAUAGAGAAGGUUCUGGAGGCGAACCCGGACAAGCUGAACUCCAUUAUAGACGAAAUGAAACAGAUUCUCGUACCAAUGGCACAGAAAGAGCAAGUGAUUAAACAUUCACUGGUUCACAAGGUUUUCCUGGACUUCUUCCUCUUCGCCCCAGACAAGCCAAGAACGGAAAUGAUUGAAUCCAUCAGAGAAUCAGUCGUCUACAUGGCGCACACACACGAUGGAGCACGCGUAGCCAUGCACUGUUUUUGGCACGGUACAGCCAAGGACAGAAAAGUCAUCAUCAAAACUAUGAAGACUUACAUAUUAAAGUUUGCCAUGGGGGAGUAUGCUCACCUCGUCCUCCUGUCGAUAUUUGACUGUGUGGAUGACACCAGGCUUGUCAAACAGGCCGUGCUAUCAGAGCUCUUAUCGUCUCUCGAUGAGCUGAUCAAUAACAAGUAUGGUAAGAAGGUUCUGUGUUACCUGCUGAGCCCCAGAGACCCCGCCCACCUGCUGCCCGAGAUCAUCAAGGUGCUGGAGCAGGGAGACAGUAAUGCUCACAGUAAAAAAGACAUGUUGACUCGUCGGAGGGAGCUGCUGGAAGUGGUGUCUCCUCCACUUUUGGAGUAUCUCUGUGAGAACGCUUCAACCAUGGUGAUGGACAAGGCCUCCAGCAUUACCAUUAGUGACAUUCUUAUGUCGGCGUCCGGGGACCUGAAACCGGCGAUGACGGCUGUGGCUCAGCUAGCCAACCAGGACUUAGUACCCGGAGGGACUGAUGGUCAGCUCCACAUGGCGGAGCAUCCAGCUGGCCACUUGGUCCUCAGAUGGCUCAUUGAUCAGGACUUGGUGCUGACGGAGGCUGGCAAGGAAGGGUGUUUUGCCAGGACACUGGUCGACAAUGUAGGGAUGGACAAACUCAAGACCUGGGUCAAGGUCAACAGAGGAGCUAUGGUGCUAUGCAAUCUUCUUAACAGUGCCGACCAGACUGUGGUGGCGGAGGUGAGGGCAGCUCUGACGUCCAUUAUGCCUGAGCUUCGCAGUAUGAGCAACAACAAAGGCGUAGAAAUCCUGCUGGAGAAACUGGCCUCAUAAUACACACAAAGACAACCCUGUACAUUUAAGUGUAAUGACCUGUAAUCUAGAUUGGUGGCGUCCUAUCAUAUGCUGCCAAGAGCCAGGCGUACACAUUCCGACCAAUCCCUGCUCCCAAACCGAUGUCGCCGAUUAGCCCUCUUCCAUCCAGAGAGGGCGCUGUUAAUCGGUGAAAUCAGAUGAAGUGUUUGGUUGGAGUUAAAACCUGUAUACACUUGACUGUUAAGAGGCACAGGUUCGGAAACAAACGGUGACGUUAACCGACUGUUUUUAUGCACGCUCGAUAAUCCAGGUAGGAAAAUCAAAGAAGGUUGAAUCAGUUCAUCUGGACAC